AUGCAAAACUUCAAUUUUGUUCCACAAAUAGACAACAAGGUGAAUGUUGUUCAACCACAACCCUUUCAAAUGUAUAUUCCUAAUCAUAAUGUAAUGUUUCCUCAAACAUAUACUGAUAACACACAGCAUUAUAACCAACCGAUAUUUUUCGAGCCAUUGCCACCAAUAUAUGUUAAAAAUCAGUUAUUGCCUUCUCCAAUUUUGGUGCAAAUGCCAACGACAGUAGUUGUUCAAAAUGAGUCUCAGCCAGCAAUGGUACUUAGCCAACCUCCCUCAAAUAUCGUAGUAAAAAACAACCCACCCACGUCCGUUUUUGUUAAACAAUCUAACCCUAAUGUAGUUGUAAAAAAUGAAGCUCCACUAAAUUAUGUGCAAAGUCUUGAUAUUUGCCAAGACGCAGUAGUAACAGAUAUGAAUCGCCCAGGCAUGACAUCACUAAGUAAAAGUAUGUUGUAA